AUGUCUCCGGUGAAGGACCUGACGUGUCCUCGCCGCCUGCAGGAGUCUGACCUCCUGGACCUGCUGAGGUCCACCUUCCCUCAGCUAACUGGAGGGUUUGACAUCUUCACAGUUGACUCCAACAGGAAACUGAUGCCUCGGAAACUACAGAAGCUGACACCAGAGGAGAUCCAGCGGUCCAUCAGAUCCACAGGGAAAGGAAGAUCAGUGCUGUAUAUCAGAGAUAAGAGAGCAAAGACGACCCCGACCAGCCCAGAACAACUUCCUCCUCCAGAGAAAACAGAUGAAAACACCGCCGGUAGAGGUCGAGAUGAUAACAGAACUCAUGUGAGUUCCGACCACAGUCCUGUUGAAAAUGUGGAGAGCAACAAAGCGGCUCAUCAGUCCGGCAGCUCAAGAUGGCAGCAACAUGUGAAGGUAGAGAAAGACGGGCAACAACGUGGAAUAUUGCAGGACUCUGGUGGCUCUUCUUCUGCCCACACUGCUGCUGAGAGCGAAGGAGAUCAUGGAGAUGAUGAUGAUGAGGAGGUGGUGGAAGACGACGACAGAGAUGAUGAAUGGAAGCCGGACAAGAAGGACAAGGAGCUGAGUGAGGACCAAACUAAGAGACGGAAACAGAAGGAGGCGUCGAGUGAAAACAGCAACGCUGCUCUGUCCUGUAAAGUCUGCCAGGUUCUGCACGGGUCAAAGAACAUGUUGAUCAAACACGCCUGGACUCACGUGGACGAUCCGGAGAGGCUUUGUGGAGCGUGUGGAGAACGUUCAGAGUCUGCAGACGGGCUGAGAAGUCAUCUUCAAGCUCACCUGAAGACACACAGCUGUGACAUCUGUGGAAAGUCUUUCCUCACUGCUGCUAGUCGAUGUAGCCAUGCCGCGCUACGCACCGGAGAGCGACCGUACAAAUGUGAAAUGUGCUAUAAAACAUACACAUGCUCGUCUGGUUUGAGAAAUCACCUGUGGCAACAUGUGGACGAGAAACCGCACAAAUGUGGCGUCUGUGAUCACUCCUUCGCUUUCAAACAGCAGCUGAGGAUCCACAGCAGCAGCCACACCGGAGAGAAGCCCUACUGCUGCGACGUUUGCGGCAAAUCUGUCGCCGACUUCCAAGCGCUGUCCCCACACAAGCUGUUGCACGUGGGGAUAAAACAUUUCUGCUGUCAGGUUUGUGGGAAGCGUUUUAGAACUUCUGCAAAACUGAAACUGCACGAGAAAAUUCACUCGGAGCGAGACAAAGCGUUUCUCUGUGACGUUUGCUGCAAAACGUUCUACACUAGAGGUGAGCUGAAGGUUCAUCUGAGGACACACACCAAGGUGACGAUCACCUGCACCGAGUGUGGCAAGGGCCUGUCAUCUAAAGGAGCUCUGAACAGACACAUGACCGUCCACGCCGGGGAGAGGCCGUACCAGUGCUCAGAGUGCAGCCUGCGCUUCAACGGCAUGAGCAACCUCACUGCACACAUGAAAAUCCACACGGGCAUCAAAUCGUACGUCUGCGGGGUUUGUGGGAAAGCUUGUGCUCGCAAGACGUAUCUGACGGUCCACAUGAGGACGCACAGCGGAGAGAGACCAUACAAGUGCACCGUCUGUGAAAGAGCCUUCACUCAGAGCCACUGUCUGAAGACUCACAUGAAGAGCCACCAGGAGGUGGAGGAGGACGGACUCAAGUCCAGCUGA